CACUCCUCAGUUACUUGCUUCGUAACCUACGGGAAAGUGUUUGGCACACAUAUCUGGGAGAAACUCUAACAGUGAAACAUAUCUAACAUAAGUUGAUAAACAAUAAACAUUUGAAUUAUGAACAUUAAAUAAAACUGAAUAUUUUGAUGAUAUUCCCAAACUGUAAAAUGUCUCGAAGGAAGCAGUCUAAACCGAACCGUCUCCUAGAAGAGGAAGAACUUCGUAAAGAGGGACGGAGAGAGGAGAAGGAUGAGAAGGAUUUGGGAGAAAAUGAAUCCUACAUAUCUUCAAACAACGGUGAGAGUACCCAGGAUAACGGGUAUGACUCAGAUGAUCAGAUGCAGAUAGUUGAGGACGGAGAGAAGAGCGGAGAGGAGGAGGAGGAGCAGGACGGAGGAGAUAUCAAAGAUAGACUGUUGAAGAUGAGUAUCGGAGUUCCUAACCUUCUCUCUCUAAACCUACCUGAGAAUACAGAUCCCAAGGAACAAUUGAAAAUUAUCGGAGAAACCAUAAUGCAAUUAACCUCAAACCUUGCUAAAGUUGGAAAACCAAGUAGUAUCCAGGAGUUAUCCAUCCUGCAGGCAACCCUGCUCAGCCUACAGCAGAAUCAGCUCAUUCAGUUUCAUCUUAUUCUCCAGGUUCAUCAAACAUCUACAGAUUCCAACUCCGUGUUGGAGACAGCAGCAAAGUUGGGAAUACAGAACCCAUUCCUCACCCAGCUAGCAGAGAAAGAGAGGACGGAGAGUACAAUCCCCGAGGAGAAAUCUAUCUCAGGGUUUGAUGUUAGAAGAGAAAGAGAACUGUUUCCCCUUCCAUCCUCAGCAAACAUUCCUUUAUUCCCGAAAUUCAAUAUUCUAGAGCCGGAGAACUCUGUCAGGAACUCAGAAAAUCAUAAUGAUUCUUCCUUCACUUCAUCUAUUAUACGGGACCAGGAGUCAGGAGGAGAGAGACCUGUCAACACCCUUGAACUCUUGCAACAGAAGGCCCAAGGAAUAUUAAACAGUGCUAGCAAGGGUGUGCUGGCAAAUAAUAUGACUGAUAUGGGAAACUGUGGGAGUCCUGUGGGAAAGGAUGAGGGCGGGAUUAAGCAUAGAUGCAAAUAUUGUGGAAAAGUGUUCGGUUCCGACUCCGCCCUUCAGAUUCAUAUCAGAUCUCAUACCGGAGAACGACCCUACAAGUGUAACGUCUGCGGGAACAGGUUCACAACCAAAGGAAAUCUCAAGGUUCACUUCCAGAGACAUUCGGAUAGGUUUCCGGUCGUCAAGAUGAACCCAAACAUGGUCCCGGAGCAUUUGGAUAAAUUUUAUCCGUCCCUGCUCCAGCAGUGUGAGGAAGCUGAGAAGAAAGGUUCUCCUAUGCCUAAUAUAAACAAUCCUAUUGCUGGAAUGAACCCUGUUGUUCCUCCAGGUAUGACAAUGCCUACGAAUCUGCCAGGAAUGCCUCCUCCUGUAUCAUCUCUCCACCAACAGAUGCAAUUACCAAAGUUUCCAACACCUUUAACAGGUGGAGCUCUACCCAGAUAUCCGCUCCCUUUGGAACCCUUGAGAAAGGAAGAUAUACACUCUGAUAAACCCGCCUGGCUUAGAAACCUUCCCAUUCUUCCAAAACCCUCCUCACCACCUUCUUUGAAUUUCCCCCCGGGUGGGUUGAAAAGAGAAGUAAAGGAGGAGAAGGAUGAGGAUGAGGUAGGAUUUACUCCGAAACUAUACUCCGGAGAAGAUCUAUCUUCCAUUCCAAGAAAGCGUGAGAGUGAGAAAAGAGAGCACUCUCCCUACGAUGAUUCAAGAAUACGACGAGAAUUCUCUCGUUUAUCUGAAAGCGGAGACAGUGCUGUCCAAGAGGAACCUGAAAACCUAUCCUCGGAUAAGAGGGAUGAAAGUAAGUCUCCAUUAUCUGAGAGUACUGAAGAUAAAUUUAUAUUUAGACCCGGAAUGGCUCCUUUAAGACUUCCUCAAUUUCCUGUUGUACCGGGACACCUUUUAAAUCCUUUACUGCGGUCCCAGGAAUCCAACUUGGAUUCUCCCCGAGGUCAAAUCAGUCUCCCCCACAACCUGGAUCCUACCAAGGAUCCGAACCUAUACAAUACUCUUCUCCCUCUACCAGGUAGUACUGAUAAUGCAUGGGAAACCCUUAUUGAAGUUGACAAAGCCAAUGAAACUACAAAAUUAGAAUCAAUUGUGGAUAAUAUAGGAAACCAACAGAAUGAACCUAAUGAGUGUUUAAUAUGCAAUAAGGUUCUUUCCUGUAAAUCUGCUCUUCAGAUGCAUUACAGAACUCAUACAGGCGCCAGACCGUACAAAUGUAAGAUCUGCAAAAGAACAUUUACAACAAAGGGAAACUUGAAGACUCAUAUGAGCGUACACAGGACGAAGCCUCCAAUGCGCUCCUUCCCUCAGUGCCCCGUCUGCCACAAGAAGUAUCCGAACCCAAUUAUUCUGCAGCAACAUAUUAGAACACAUACCGGAGAAAAAACUGAGAUGAGUCUAGAGCAAAUAUCCGCUGCGGAAAUUAGGGAUUUUCCACACGGUUUAUCACCUGAAGCUCUAAACAAAUUUCUCCCUGGAUUUACAAACCUGACUUCUCCGCUCUCUCUCUCCAACUAUGAUGACGAGCAGAGCGAGGAUAAGCAUUCCCGUUCUUCCUCUGUAUCCUCUUCUACCAGUGUUGGUUCCAACAUGAACAGUUUAUCUCCGUAUCCGUCCUACUCAUCAUUUUCCGCUUCUCUAGCAGCCCUGGAGAAACAGGUUAAAACCAUGGAAUCUACUCCAAAGCAUCUAGAUGAUGAGAGAAGAUAUGGUUUGAUUAAACCCUACUCUAGAGAAGUAUCUCCAGGUGUUAAGUGUGAAGAACCAGAGGAUCUCUCCAAGUCCAGUAGGAAUAACAACCUGAGCAGGUCAGAGUGUGAUAGCUCGUGUGAUCAGAACCAAAACUCCGACAUAGAGGAUACACAGGACGAGGAGAAAAAUCAGAAAUCUGAGAACGGAUCUCCUCCUCAAACCUUCUCCAUGUCACAGAUGAUACUACCAGGGCAGAAACCACUUCUUGUUCCCUUCUCCGGUAUCCCGUCCUUCCCUCCUCUCCAUCAUUCUCUUCCUUCCCAGCUCUUCCAUCCUAUGGGGUUUCCAAACCCUUUGGCCCACCUAGGUUCUCCAGGUGGCCUCCAUCAACCUCCUGGGUUUCAACAUCUUCCACUUCCCUUCUCCGGGAUGAGACAUCCUCUGACAGAAGAUAUGUUUGCUGCCCGCGGCAAGACCACUUGUCAGAUUUGCUUCAAAGUAUUCGCGUGUAACUCAGCUCUGGAAAUCCAUAUGAGAAGCCACACUAAAGAGAGACCGUUUAAAUGCGAGGUUUGCGGGAAAGGGUUUACAACAAAGGGAAACAUGAAGCAACAUCAUAUGACCCACAAGUUUCGAGAUUCUGAAUCCUAUGUUCCCACCACCCCCCAACCAAACAGUAAAUCCCCUGAUAUGUCCCCCUUAACCUCUCCCCCCUCCCGUCCUAGCUCCGAGCCCCUGUCCCCCUCCUUCACCCCUGUCGGAGUAAAAAGGAGCCAGGAGGAGGUUGGAGUGUCUCUGGUAGAUCGACCUCCGGAAAAACGCGCAAUUCUGUGUGGAUAAAUACGGAAACUGUUGAAGCCGCAAAGCCUAAACAAUUCAUUCAGUCCUUGAAGCGCCCACGCGUCCUGCUCCCACUCUGAUGCGACUGUGCGACGGUGCGGAUAUCUAUGUUUUCCGAUUGUGUUAAUUCUAAAUGCAAUGUUAGCUGACAAGAUUUAGGUUUUUCAUAUUUUCUAUUCCUUAACCUAACAUAUCUUUCACUUCCCGUGAACCUUAAUGUACUGCAAAAUGUUGUACUGCAGUUGUACUCAAAUACUGUAAUUGCACCAUCACUUUUAAGCUUUAUAGAUGCAAUUAGAACUUGAAUAUAUCGUAAAUAUUGUUUAUCUUAGUUUUUAAAUUGCUGUAUGCAUUCUGUUUCAAGAAACCCAGUUAAAUGUUGUUAUUGUUUUAGUUGUGAUCUGAACCAGUUCUUAAACCAGUUCUUUAAGAAUAAUAUCCAGUGAUGAUAUUUAUCAACAGUUGUCAAUUAUUGCUAUGAUUUAGAAGGGAAUAUCCCUCCCCUCCCAUACACUUCAUCUUUGUUUAUUUAAAAAUGAAUGUUUAUGUUAAAAAGAUCUCUAGUCAGAGUUUAACAAUGCACUUUCAGGGUACACUGGUUAGGUAUACUGUGGUAUACUCUGGUAUACUCUGGUUUACUCUGGUAUACUCUGGUAUACUUUUGUAUACUCUGGUAUAAUUACUCUCAUGUCUACUCUGUACUCUGAAAUUUAAGUAUACUGUGAUAUUCUAGUAUACUCUGAUAUUCUGGGAUACUUGGUAUACAGUGUAAUAAAAUUAUAAUAAUUGAACUAUACCAAAAUACAAAUUCUGCAGCCAGAAUUUUGUUAAAACUAUUUAGCAGAUUAAAUGUUUAUACAAUUUCUCUAAAUAUUAGGUUGAAUUUUUACACGUAUUCAGCCUUGUGUACUCUAGUUUACAUGUCUAGUUAUAUUUCUUGUACAACAAGUAAGCAGUACAUUUUACUAGUUGUCUUAUCCUUGUACACCCUGUACAUACAUACAUCCAGUAAUUAGUUGCACUUCAAAUAAAAAUUUAUUACUAA